AUUUCUAACAACCCCAGAUUUUGUCCAUUCGCUUUCAUAGAAAUUUCCCAGUCAACCAAAGACGGCUGCCAACAGUUUCAACGUUCAACGUUCUUCAACUUUUGGCAUUCAAACAAUAACCAAAUAUGCCGUCUCACUGUCUGAUCACUUGCUUUCUGCGUCGCCCCAGCAGCAGCAAUGCUUCUGUCUCCCUCUCGCCGCCCUCUUCUCGUCAUUCUUGCCGCAGUGCUGCUUACGGUGGCGUAUUCCCAAUCCGCCGCCACCCCCUACGCCAACUGCCGCCGGACCUUCUCAUGCGGGGCCAUCAGCAACGUCACAUACCCCUUCACUGGCGGCGACCGCCCAGCCCACUGUGGGCUCCCGGAGUUCGCACUCAGUUGCCGUGACAAUGCCACUGCCGAGUUAACUCACAGCUCAGUCGCCUACCGAGUCCUUCAACUCGACCAAUCUCGGAAAACCCUCGUCCUUUCCCGUUCGGAUCUCUACAAUAACACUUGCCCUUCUGAAUUUCGCAAAACCAUCCUCAAUUCCACGUUCUUUUCCUAUAAUGGCCCCCAAAACGAAGCCCUAACUUUAUUCUACGGCUGCAACACCUCCGCCAUGCGUAUCAGGCCGUACAAUCUCUUCAGCUGCAAUUCCAGUGGGUUGAAUUUUACGGAUGCUUACUACUUAGUCGGGCCGGUGCCCGUGGACCCGAUUUUGAGGAUUCUUUAUUGCAGCGUGAAUGUCAGUGUCCCCUUGUUGAGGGCUGCCGGGAAUCAGCUCACAGCCUUGCGGCUGAGUCUUGGGCAGGCAUUAAUGCAGGGUUUUAGUGUGAAUUACAGCGUCCCGCAUGAGAGACUAUGCAAUGAGUGCAAUAACUUGGGUGGGGAUUGUGGGUUUGAUUCGGUUUUGAGCCAACCCGUUUGUAUUUGCGGCGAUAGGCCGUGUCCAUUUGCUUUGACGCUUCCGCCUGAAGCUAGCCCAAAUGCUCUUCCGCAUUUUGAAGGAAUUAAUCAUCCGAAUACAGGAAAGGACAUAGCCCUUUUCAUAACUGGUGCAAUUCUUGCUGGAUUUGGCCUGGGAUGGUUGAUUUUCCACUGUAGACAAGGGAGGAAACAGCGGCUUGCUUCCAGAUCUGCCAAAACUGUGAGCAAGGAAAUCGAGACUUCUCUCUCUAGCAAAGCCCUCUUUUCUGUUCCUUCUAAUAAUUUUACCAGAAGCAUACCUUCGUAUCCAUCUCCAAAAUCCGAUCUUGGUAGGGGAAGUUCGUGUCUUGGGGUACAGGUCUUCAACUACACUGAACUUGAAGAAGCUACUAACUAUUUUGAUCCUUCGAGAGAAUUAGGAGAUGGUGGAUAUGGUACUGUAUAUUAUGGGGAGUUACCUGAUGGUCGUAUAGUUGCUGUUAAGCGCUUAUAUGAGAACAAUUUCAAGCGAGUGGAGCAGUUCAUGAAUGAAGUUGAGAUCCUGACUCGGUUAAGGCACCAAAACCUUGUUACCUUACAUGGAUGCACUUCCAGGAGGAGCCGUGAACUAGUACUUGUUUAUGAAUACAUACCAAAUGGAACGGUGGCUGACCAUCUACACGGAAACCGUGCCAAAUCUGGCUUGCUAUCUUGGCCUGUACGGUUGAAUAUUGCCGUUGAAACAGCUGAUGCACUGGCUUAUCUUCACAAAUCAGAUAUCAUACAUCGAGAUGUCAAAACAAAUAACCUUCUUCUAGACAAUGAUUUCCAUGUAAAAGUUGCUGAUUUCGGGUUGUCCAGAUUAUUCCCCAGCGACGUCACCCACGUGUCCACUGCUCCACAGGGGACUCCUGGUUAUGUUGAUCCCGAGUACUACCAGUGCUACCAAGUGACGGAGAAAAGCGAUGUUUAUAGCUUUGGGGUCGUGUUAGUCGAGCUUAUAUCGUCGCUACAAGCCGUGGAUACCAACAGGCACCGCCAUGAUAUCAACUUAUCUAAUAUGGCUAUCAACAAGAUUCAAAACCAUAGGUUGCACGAGUUGGUUGACUCGAGUCUUGGCUUUGAGACAAAUAGCACGGUAAGAAGGAUGGUUACAUUAGUUGCAGAAUUAGCUUUCCGAUGCUUGCAACAGGAGAAAGAUAUGAGACCAGCAAUGGAAGAAGUGCUGGAGACGUUGAGAGGGAUACAGAACGAAGAUCUGAACGCUCACAAGGUAGAAAUAGUCGACAUAUUGAUAGAUGCAGAUGAUGGGCUACUGAAGGGUCCGCCAUCGCCAACGCUCGACACCUAAUUCUACUGGAUGAUGAGCUAUCCUUUCAUCUGCUUUCCAUCCACAUUUUCUUAGAUUUUGUGGAAAUGAGGCCUUUGAAAUUCAUUUAUGUUCAUCUUGCUUAUGGUCCUCACCAGUUUGUUCCCCUGAAUUCCUCUAUAGUGGCAGUCAGGUCAGUCAGAGAGAAGGCUUUCAGGAACAACUAUUAUGAGAUUUAAGGUACACAAAUAUGUAUCUUCUUGUUGAUAUCUAAGUUGUAAAAAUGUUAUUAUUAGUGAAUCACAAGCAUGUGUUACAUGUGUUUUUGUUCUCGUUA